UGCAACGAGACUGACUGCAUGUGAGAGCAAGCCUCCCCACACGCCGAUGCAAGUAGAAAACGGCUACCGGGACCUCGGCACAGAGAAGAUAGGGACUGAUAAAGAAAUUGAAAGGCUGCUCCGUGUCCCGGGAGUCCAGUGUGGAGUAGUUUUGGGGUUCCAGAGGUGUGGAGGACAGGUCGGCGUGCUCAAAAUUUCCCAAAAAACUGCCAAAACUUGGAAGCUAACACAGAGACACAAGCCAAAAGGACACAUCUGUCCCGACGGUGUCCCAUCUACCACUCUCCAUCUUCAACAACAUGAAUCAAUGCAGAUGUCAGUCACACUCAGUUAAAUGUUAGUACUACUUGAGCAGAUAUCGCUCGGCUGGCCGAAGAGGAAAAAAAAGAAAGAGACUGUUCAAGGUGCUGAAGGAUGUCUCUCUGGAUGAUACUGCCUGUUAGCCUCCCAGCUCUGACCAUCACUGGGAUAUGGGUUGUGUACGCCAUGGCCCUGUACAACCAGCAUGUCUGCCCUGUGGAUAACUGGUUGUACAACCAGUCAUGUGAAGAGGAGCUUUAUUUGCAGAGUGGGCCAACCUUGUGCUGCACACUAGACAAUGUACCUCUCAUCAGUAAAUGUGGGACUCUUCCCCCUGAGAGCUGCUUCUUCAGCCUUAUCUGCAGCACAGGCUCAUUCAUGGUUAUGGUGAUUGUGCUGCUCCGAUAUGCCCACGUGAUUGAGAAGCACCAAAACUGUGUUCUCAACACGGCGAGUCUCUCCACAGGCUGGAUCUGUGCUGCUGGACUCAUCAUGGUGGGCAACUUCCAGGUGGAUAAUGCCAAAGUUCUCCACUAUGUCGGAGCGGGCAUCGCCUUCCCCACUAGUAUGCUGUUUGUGUGCCUGCAGUCAGCGCUGACUUACCGACUGGCCAAGACCCAGGGGGAGUACAACGUGGCCCACCUCCGGCUCUGCAUGACCCUGCUGGCCUUUGUAGCCUUGGUGCUCAGUGGUGUGUUUUUCUGUCAGGAGAGCUUUGUCCUUCAACAUGCGUCGGCCAUCUUUGAAUGGGUGUUCUGCGUCAUCAUCAUGCUGUUUUACGGGACAUUCGCCUUUGAGUUUGCCAGCAUGUCAGGAGAUACCAUGGUGGUGCUGGCAAGAGGAGGGACCCUGGGACCUGCUGGGAGAGAACACAAGGUGGACGCACUGGGAGCACACUCACAGCCUCAUCCACACCAGCCUGAAAACAUGUCCAUACUGUAGCCCGUCGGCACAUCCUGAUGCCACGCAGGUGGCUUGUUUAUUCCUUUCAAACUCCGGUUGUAGAAUGAGUUUAAUUAUUCAUUUCCAGCCACACUCCUCUGAAGCUUUGAAAUGAACCAGGCCAGUGCAGCAGCCGUUCAUGGCAGAGUGGAUUCUACUGUUUCAGCCCCAGGGGCGUAGAUCUGCCACCACAGUGGAGAGCUCAGCUUGUAUUGAGCUUUGUGUCUCUAAAGAACUUUGCGUUUUGCACGUUGCACAAAAGUGCGAAACCAAAUUUUCUCCCAACUCUGUCCUGUCCUCAGUGACCAGCAGAGGACGGACUAUUUUGUUAAUCAGAUCAAGAAAAUGUGCUGUUCCGACCGAGAUCCUGUAACCUGUCUCAAUAAGUGGCCUUGGACCAUUUCCACUUCAGGUGACUGCCGUGAUGCUUUCAUUGUAAAGCAGUGAAGGCUGCUGGACGGCCUGGCUGACAGUAUUACAGUAGUGAGACAGAGGGAGAGAGAAGAUGGUGUUGCGGUGUUGCGGUGGAACAUCAGACUUAAGGGUUGUUUUCUCACAAGAGAACGGAUGAAUGCAAUAAAUUCAAAGAAGCAGUCAAAUAGAAGAGUAAAUGUUUCAGUCAGUACGUGAGAUAGAACAGGCAUUUUGCAAUCAUUUAAACCUACAUUGAGCAAUAUUUUUGAUAUUAACAAAUUGUAAUGUCAAAGAGUCAUUCAUAGGACUGAAACCCCUGAGAAUUAACAUCCUACUCCACAUAGAUUUUAGUUGCUUUUAGCUGACAGAAAGUCGACCAUUUGGCAAGCAGAAGACCAAGAUACUUUUCUCAGGAGCUGGUUAACCAAGGCUAAAAGGAAAGUGAAUAUUCGACUCUAUUUUUCAGGUGGUCAACAGGAUAAUGUUGCUCUGUGUCUGCUGGAUGUGUAAGUGGUUACAGGAGUUAAACAUAACAACUUCUGUCAGUUUGUCUUGUGGUCAAAAAUCACUUCAAACAGCUUUAAAAUACGCACACUGACAACGCCACAUAUGCAAACCAUUUAAAGUACAAAUUUUAUAGUAUCCAUGGCACCCACAUCCAGCACACAUUGUCUUUUUGUGUGUGUGGAUGCUUUGGAUGAUGCACCAUAUCAUUAUUUUAACUACACACAGAACAUACAAUAAAUGUGGUGCCUCAUAAACUUUAUCACUGCGUCUUAUUGUUAGGAUCAAUACACUAUAUCAACCUUAAACCUCAAAUAGUAUAUGAUUCAACUUCCUCUCUGUAGAGUUCUGCCAAAGAAUAAAAAAGAGAGAUGACACAUUGUCCAGAGGCCAAAUACGUACCAGCUAAUUCAACCCAGAGCACUGGGUUUAUUGAGUUUAGUGACGAGGCAUCACACGUGUUUUCAGGUCCUAUCGUCAGAGGUCUGCAUCUCAUUAUUCCCCAACAAGGAGGGGCAGGACAUGAUCUUAUUGCUUUACCUUCGUAUUUUUUCUUUGAAUCUCAGGAUUCUCCACAGCAUGUCCAGCUGCUGCAGCCGGACAAAAAGAAAAGGAAUGAUUUGUUAUGUAAGACAUAACUGAGAUGAACUGUCCUGCCUCUGUGUUACUGUACAGGAGUACAUGCCAAGUAUCAGUCUGCCUGUGGCAUCAGUGCUAAAACACAAAAGGCCUUAUCUUGUCAUCUUUCCCUGAGUUUAGCUGUGAUUAUGAUAAAUGGAAGCAAUAAGAUGGAGACACAGGGUCAGUUUGUGGAGGAGCAUGGACAGAAGGUUGCAUGAACAGCUGCGAGUGCCAGGAAUACCAAAGCAGAUAUUUGGCACUACUGAUUCAUUGAGUGAAAAAUGCUCCCUGCUAGAACCUAAACUGACUUGAUAUUUUGACAUCUGUCAGAGCAGUAUGGCUUCAUGGUUUGGUAUCUCUGACAUUCUUUGACUUCCUCUUUCUCUGACAUUCUGUGCUGGGUUGUAACACAUUUAAUGUUUAUAUUUUUGAUUUGCAACAGCUCAGUGUAAUAUUAACACAGUUUUUUUUUUAUUUCUGGUGGGAAAAUCAGAGCAAGCGGAUGGUUUACAGUAGUAAUAGUCUCGUUAGUUGGCCUUCACACCAUGAAAAUAUCACUUUCUCAUACCACAACUGGCCACAUGUUGGGCAGUGGUUUUGUUAGUGCCAGUAUUUUGAGUGCAAGCACUCUAAAAAGAGCUCAUUCUUCACACAUAGUUUCACAAUCUGUCACAGAAGGACUGAAAUGUAGUAAUUCACUCUCAGACUGAAUGUAUGAUUGAACUGGAAAAGCUGGUGCAUGCUGCUCUGUGGAAUGAGCUGGAAGGUCGACACAGCACCAGCUGCACCACUGAUCACCUGCUUCUCUCUGCUGGUCAAACUGCUCAUUGCAUGUGAGUUUGUGUUGGGAUCAGAGCUGUAAUGUUGUAGUUCAGCUCACAGGAGGUCUUGUUUUCUACUUGAAAAAUUAAACAUUUUUGUAUCCACAGACGGGAAUUAAUUCAGUUGGCUACAGGUUUAGGUCAAAUCUGCUUCUUUUUUUUUUAUUCUGCAUUUACUAAGAACAUGGGACUGCUGUAGUAGCAAGUAAUGAUGAGCACUUGAACUCCAGCUUGCGGUUCUGGCUUUAGUGCAGCUGUGUUCUUCAGAUUGUUCUACCUGGCAUCACUGUCUGCCUGGCUGUGUGACCGUACACUUCUUUUACAAUAUGCAUUCUUCUAACAAAUCACAGGAUUUGAUGUAUUUUUAAAUGUUAAUCCAAAUGAUGGUGCUGCUCAUGCUGCUCAUUGACUAAAAGUUUUGAAUUUACUUUACAGUUUAUGCAUCUUAGAAAUCUAUGCAUAAUGUUCCUGUUCAACACUACAAACCACAAUUUAAAACAUUUCUCUUAAGUCGCCUGCUUGGCCUCAUUUGCAUUUAAUUUCUGUCCUCUUUUUCCUCGUUUACUGAUCUGUCUGAUCUUUGCACUCAGGAAAAUGUUACAACACCAGCUGCGUUGUUUGAUUCAAAGCAGAAUGAACUGUUUGCUUCUGCCUUCUGUUGUCUUUGUUUCAAUGGAAUUCGUUUUAUGUUCAUGAGGAUUUGUCGUGUAUAUUUGUUUUAUGUAGUGUAGGCGCAACUGCUAUCUCACAGUUGCAGUACUGAUGGUUAGCCCUGAUAUAAUAGAUUAUUUUUGUUAAUCAAGACUCUGUAAAGCUUAAAUAUAAACAUUCCGGUAUAGUUAGCUUGUGAGAAUGCUUAUGCUGCUCACGGAAAAUGUGGUUAAAUAUCUGCAAGAAGAAACUAGUUUACUCAUGCAGUCAGUAGAUGAUUGGUGAGAGCAUUCUGAUAAACUAACUAGCAUCUCCUCACAAAAAUCUGUUACUGGAUACCCAAUCCUCUGUUAAAAUGCAAAAUGCUCCCUAUGUGCCUUAUGUAUAAUUUUGAUAAUGAAAACCAAAGAGGUUUAGGUUGUAAAUUCUAUUUUGAUGAAAAGUCAUAUGAUUGUAUACAUAUGCCUUAAUGUUCAAAAAAAUAAA